AUGCCUAAUUAUGUCAAGUUUAUGCAGGAUGUCAUGGCAAAGAAGCGAAGGUUGGAGGAUUAUGAGACCGUCAAGCUAAUGGAAGAGUGUAGCGCUAUCCUUCAAAGGAAAUUGCCUCAAAAGUUGAAGGAUCCUGGGAGUUUCACUAUUUCGUGUACUAUUGGAGAUUCUCACAUCGAGAAGGCCUUGUGUGAUCUUGGAGCUAGCAUCAACCUCAUGCCUCUAUCAGUUUUCCAGAAACUGGGGCUUGGAGAGGUCAUCCCUACAACCAUCUCCCUGCAAAUGGCGGAUAGGUCCAUUACCUACCCAUGGGGAAUCAUUGAAGAUGUAUUGGUAAAGGUGGAUAAGUUCAUCUUCCCGGUUGAUUUUGUAGUGUUGGUUUGA